CUUCAGUAGAAGAACUCAUCAUGCCCGUGCCUAAACAAGGGAAGCAAGAUGGGAAACACCUCCAAACAGUCAAAAUCUCUGGGUAUUUCCCUAAAUACAAUUCUUCUGAAUCAAGACCAGAGGGGAGACCUGAUGACGAAGAUGAGGAUAACUAUAACUAUGACAAUGACGUGGAUGACUUUAAUGAGUUCAAUGAAGACUUUGAGUGUAUAUCCACUCCAACAAGGGAGCGUAUCAUGAUAAGGAAAGGGGGCAAGAACAAAGAGAUCAAAGUCAAGGGAAAAUUCAUGGUGGAUGGACCUUGGUUCAUCAUCUCCUUUGAUGCUGUUUUGGUGAACAAUGUCUACGAUGUUCAGGGGACACCUACAUACUCUCUCCGAAUGGAGAUGGGGACGAAUGGCGAGGACAUCCUGAACAAGCUGCUCGGGUACUCUUUCGGCUUUCCAAGCCCGAAAAUUCCUGAGGGCCAGAUGAAGGAAGCCUUUUUGACCUACUUCAAUCAGUGCCGUAGUAGGAAUAAGGUGAAGAACUUCACCUUCAAUCAGUUCUUCAAGGCAUUGGAAGAAGCCUUGAAGAUGGAGGUAGACCCCGAUUCAAAACUGUUGAUACAGGCAGCUAAGAAAAUGAUCUAUCGGUUUGAUCCAUUCAAUAAAUGCUUUCGUGGUGUACCUCAUGACCGGGAGGAGGAGGAGAAGAAGAAGCAAUCCAAAUUUGACCUACGGUACAUCUACAGAUGUUACAAGUGUCCGGUACUCUUUAGAGUGCUCCCUCUGUUGAUGGAGAAGGAAGCAUUGGCUAUCCUGUCAACGGAUAUAUUGAGUGACCUGGAAGAUCUUGAAUCGGUGCUCAAAAACUCCCCUGAAGACCUAGGAUUUUAUACCACCAUGCAAGAGCAUGGCUGGGGACGGGUGGAGGCUUCCUUCCAAGGCUUCGUGAAAGCUGGCUUGAUACCAGCCAACCUCUUCAAAUGCACCCAAGACUCUACACAACAAGGCCUAUCUUCCAAACCACCCAGUAACCGGAAGUGCCACCAUGAUGAACCCUCUACAUCCACUGCUCACCAAGACAACGCAGGCACCUCAUCAUCCAGACAAACCAAAAGACCAUUACCUUUAUCUGUCACGAUGGCUAAGGCGAUAAAGGACUAUGACUUGGUCAAGUCCUUAUGCAGGGAAGGAAAACACACAUUUGUGAAGGAUUACAUGAUGAGAAAGGCUUGGCAUAGAGAUGCCUGUUGUCCAAAUGUUCCCUUUGGUCACAUCAAAGAGGAUCAUUUUGUGGAGCUUCAGAAGAGAGACGUGGUGACUAUCGAAGAAAGAAUACCCCAAUCUGAAACAAUGUACCACUGGAACAGAUAUCGCCGAUAUGAGGAGAAGAUUGCACGUGCACUGGUAUCAGAUCUGCUUCACCAAACUGUUGCCAAUCAGUCUACCCCACCCACAGAAGAAUUCUCAGAGUUCAACCUCGAUGAAUACCAACUCCCGGCUGUCAUGCACAUGUGGAAGUCUCCAGUGUCGAUCAUCCUCGGCAGGGGAGGCUGUGGCAAGACUCAUGUUGUAGCCUCCUAUAUUUCCAAGUGCCUCAAAGAAAGGGAGAAUGAAAAGAAGCUUAAAGUAGAGAAAGCUGCACAAGAAGGUAAUCAGGAAGCUACUGAUGAGGCUUCAGAUGGAGAGGAGAAGGAGGAGAAAGACAAAGAAGAGGGCGAGAGCAAUGAUAACAGAAAUAGAGUAAGAAUCAAGGCAAUGGACGAACCACUGGUCCUCCUGACGGCCCCUACCGGCCGCGCAGCCUCCAUCAUCGGAAGACGCACCGGGCUUAAAGCGAAGACGCUUCAUAGCGUUUUGGGUACCGCCCGCAUGUCUGAACCAGACAAAUUCAUCUACAGGAAGGUUGAGAUCCUCGUCGUUGAUGAAUGCAGUCUGGUUCCUAUCUCUGUCUUGUCAGGAGUCUUGAGUGCACUUCUUAGACAUAGCCUCAAGAAGGUCAUCUUCCUUGGAGACCCUCAUCAGCUUCCUUCCAUCGAUCCAGGAAACUUCCUUCAAGACAUCAUCAAAGUGUUUAAGGAAACCAACAGUGACUGCAUCCAUACACUGAAGAAAAACCACAGGACCGACGAGGGCGGCAGACUCAUCAAUGAGAACUCGAGGAAAAUAGCCGAAGAGAAACGGAGCGACCUUCAAUAUCAACCUGACAUGUUUGAAUUGUUGGACACCUCGGCACGUCAAGCUGGAAAUGGUCUAGAUCAGACGAUAAAGACCUUGCUCGAAAGCAAGCCCCAACUCAAAGAUGACAGAAACUCACAGUUUGUUGCAUUCAGAAACGUUGACGUCAAGGACAUCAAUGGGAUUUGCUGUCGUCACUACGCUGCCCAUGCCCCGUAUAAGAAAGGAGGCGGGCUUGACCUCCACAUCCACGACAAGAUCUGUGCUCGAAAGAACGGUACUAUUGUAGUCCAUGGGGAAUAUGAUCCAAAGGCCAAGGAGAAGAAGAAGAAAGAAAGAGAGAGGGACGGUGAAGCAGGCUCAAGCAAGGAUGAUGGGGAUGAUGGCUGUAGAAUUAGACGCAUCAAUAAUGGAGACACUUUCUUCAUCAAAAAUUGGAGGGUGGAGGUGGAACAGAACAAGAAGAGGGAUAUUGUUACUCUCCAGUCACUGGACGAAGAAGAAGGAAAGGUGUUUGAGGUCAACUUGAGAGAUCUGAUACGGAAUUUUAAGAUAGAGUAUGCUUGGGCUCGGACAAUCAACACCUACCAGGGAUCUGAGACAGACCACAUUGUCUACGUCCUCAGUCCGAGCUCUCCUUACGAGAACCGGCAGCACCUCUACACUGCCAUCACAAGAGGGCGCAAAGGAUGCAUCAUCAUCGGGACACCAUCCCGCCUAGGCACAGUCAUCAAGAAGGAUCCUAGAGAAAGAUUCACAAGUCUAGCAAGGUUCCUAAAAGAAAACCUUGCUGAACCCCAGUUCUCAAGGUGUAAUUAUCCUGGACAGGCGGAUCCAAGAACACCAGAGAGACAAGCACCAAACAACUUCUCCGGGUCUAACACAGGAGUUUCGGCAUCAAGCCCGUGCCUGAAGAGUCUGGCACAAGAAUGGUCUGUGAGGAGAUCACCUUUACACCUACCAGCGGGUUCAAAUCCAUCUACUCCUGCAUCUGGUCAGCACCAACCGAACCAGUGGAGAAUGUGUGAAGAGCUUGCCAACAGUCUUAUAUCCAAUGGCCAUCCAACCUCGAGAGCAGUUCCAGUCUCUGGAUGUGAGUCAUCUUCAAGAUCCAAUGGCCCAUCAACCUCAAAAGCGGUUCUAGUUUCGGGAUGCGAGUCAUCUUCAAUACCCAAUGGCCCAUCAUUCUCAAGAGCACUUCCAGUCUCAGGAUGCGAGUCAUUUUCAAGAUCCAAUGUUCCAGCAACCUCAAGAGCAGUUCCAGUCUCUGAAUGUGAGUCAUUUUCAAGGUCCAAUGGCCCAUCAACCUCAAGUGCGGUUCUUGAAUCUGGAUGCGAGUCAUCUUCACUUGGGUGCAUGUCGUUAGUGGGCCCCGUAAAUGGAUGUGGUCCAUCAGCACGAGCCACGCCUGCUUGCAAUCAACUAUCAGGAAACUCCAGAGGUAGCCCAUCAGUAGGUCCCUCCACUACAAACACAUCAUCUACACACAAAGCACGACCAGUGACCGCUAAUAAAAGUAACCCAUCCAUAGCACCAACAGGAACCUCUAAUGGAUGGAGCCCAUCAGAAAAGCCCUCACAUGGAUACCAACCACUACCAGGAACAUCUAAUAGAGAAAGCCCAUCAGUAAGGCCCUCAUCUGGAUACCAACCACUACCAGGAACACCUAAUAGAGGUAGCCCAUCAGUAAGACCCUCAUCUGGAUACCAACCACUACCAGGAACAUCUAAUAGAGAAAGCCCAUCAGUAAGGUCCUCAUCUGGAUACCAACCACUACCAGGAACAUCUAAUAGAGGUAGCCCAACAGUAAGGCCCUUAUCUGGAUACCAACCACUACCAGGAACAUCUAAUAGAGAAAGCCCAUCAGUAAGGUCCUCAUCUGGAUACCAACCACUACCAGGAACAUCUAAUAGAGAAAGCCCAUCAGUAAGGCCCUCAUCUGGAUACCAACCACUACCAGGAACAUCUAAUAGAGAAAGCCCAUCAGUAAGGCCCUCAUCUGGAUACCAACCACUACCAGGAACAUCUAAUAGAGAAAGCCCAUCAGUAAGGUCCUCAUCUGGAUACCAACCACCACCAGGAACAUCUAGUAGAGGUAGCCCAUCAGUAAAGCCCUCAUCUGGAUACCAACCACCUGCAGGAAACUCUAUUGGAUGCAGCCCAUCAGUAAGGCCCUCAUCUGGAUACCAACCACCUGCAGGAACAUCUAAUAGAGGUAGCCCAUCAGUAAGGCCCUCAUCUGGAUACCAACCACUACCAGGAACAUCUAGUAGAGGUAGCCCAUCAGUAAGGCCCUCAUCUGGAUACCAACCACUACCAGGAACAUCUAGUAGAGGUAGCCCAUCAGUAAGGCCCUCAUCUGAAUACCAACCACCUGCAGGAACAUCUAAUAGAGGAAGCCCAUCAGUAAGGCCUUCAUCUGGAUACCAACAACCUGCUGGAAACUCUAUUGGAUGUAGCCCAUCAGUAAGGACCUCAUCUGAAUACCAAUCACCUGCAGGAAACUCUAUUGGAUGUAGCCCAUCAGUAAGGCCCUCAUCUGAAUACCAACCACUACCAGGAACAUCUAAUAGAGGAAGCCCAUCAGUAAGGCCCUCAUCUGGAUACCAACCACCUGCAGGAAACUCUAGAUGUAGCCCAUCAGUAAGGCCCUCAUCUGGAUACCAACCACCUGCAGGAAACUCUAUUGGAUGUAGCCCAUCAGUAAGGCCCUCACCUGGAUGCCAAACUACACAUCCACCUCCACCAGGAACCUCUAAUGGAUGUAACCAGUCAGUCAGGACCUCAUCUGGAUUCCAUCCACCACCAAUAACAUCUAAUAUAGGUGCAUGUAGCCCAUUGGUAAGGCCCUCACCUGGACACCAACCACCACCAGGAACUUCUAAUGGCCGUAGCCAGUCAGUAAGGUCCUCACCUGGACACCAACCACUAAGGUCCUCACAUGCAUACAUCUCAUCCUCAAGAACAUUGCCUGCAUGCAACCCUGUAGCAGAAGCCUCAUCUGCUUACAAUUCAUCAGGACCUGUCCCUCUGAGUGAUCAAUCCAAGGCAGUGGAUCUUCCUACACCAGUAGCAACAGAAGAUGUUCAGCCAGAAGUCAGAGCCAAACCCAACAGAGACAGACUGUCGAGGAAGCGUAAAGUCAGAGCUGUUGCUUCUACGGUCAACCAACAGGUGUCGUCCAUCCACAAUGGUACUGUGCCAGUGGAUUCAGGAGAACCCAAGAAGUUUUGUGCAAGGGGAUCAUCUCUUGCAAUGAGUUCAGAGUCUGCUGUAGCCGGGGGGCAGAUGCAGCUGAAGAAGGAUCCAACAUCCAUUGAGAAUGGUAGAGAACAGGCAAGAGCAAAAGAGACAUCGCCAGGAAAGGAUGAAAGAGAGAUGCCUUUCACUUCUGUUCUUCCCAGGGAACAAACUUUUGUUGUUCCAUCCAGGUGCAGUACAGAUGGUGAUGAGAAAAAGUCCCACUCCACAUCCCGCAGCCACUUGAAGCGUUUAAGUGACACCCUAAAGGAAGAUGUUCAAAGUGCGGCUACAGGCAGCAAAGUGAAGAGAUUAGCUACUGAUGAAAAGGUAUCAACAGUAUCAUCUUCCAGGUAUGACAGAUUGAGCUACAAUGAUACAUCCAUUUGCCCAAGGAGGGCAGUGGAUGUCAGAGAGUCUCCUAAAAGGCUGAAUAGUUGCUCGAGAUCACCCUUGAGAAGUCUGUCUUCUACAUCUAGAAAUGUUCUGAAACCUUUUUCCUCUAAAUAUCCACAGGGUAAGGAGAAAUCUCAAAUUAUUUCAGAGAUUAAUGAAAUGCAGACGUGUUCUACCAAGAUUCAGUCUGUGCAACAAUCAUCAGAAAGCAGCCAAGAGGUCCAAAUCUGUGUUCCAGGUCUAUAUAGAGGGCGAUUCCGUUUUGUAAGGCGGCUCUACAGUCAAGACAGCGAAGACCAAUCAUCCCAGAAUGGAAAGUCAACUGGAUGGAAGGAAGAAUGUCCAUUUGAAGAUAGUGAAGAUCUAGAAUUAUCCCAAUUUCUCUUGCAGCCACCAUGUGCCCCUCAGCUCCAUCCACCGCUGAACAGACUGGAAGAAUGCCAUGAAGAUGCUGAUGAUGAAGGUAGUGAUGAGAGUGAUGACACUCUUUUAUCCUGCUCAUCAGAUGAAACAGUGUUCUCUUCCAGUGGUACAAGUCCUUGCCUAGGAACAAGUGGUGGUUUUGGUGAUGAUGAAGAUGAGGAACUGUCACAAUUCCUCUUUCAACAUCCAAGUUUGCAGAUACUUUAAUUUCUAAAUAAGCAUCGGAAUACUUGCUUAUGCUUACAUGCAACACAAGACCUUAUCAGAUGUCCUAUAUAGUAGUAAAUCCCAAAGUCAGGGAGAUAAAGGCAUAGAAAACUGAAUACUUGGCAUAUCCAGCUUUUCUGGAUGGUGUAUAUGUGAAUAAGGGUGAUCAUGACACCAAGGAUUGGUGUGUAGUGUACUUUGUAUAUAGACAAAUCAUGAAUUGGGUGUGCCUGUAAUGUAGAGUAAACACUGCUGUAGUUUACAUUGUGCAAUAAAUAGCAAGCAUUCAUACUUUUCAAAUUCAUUGACUGCCUAAAUAGAUGAUAUGCAUAAAUUUCAAGGUGAAACUUCAUCAAUAUCUUGCUACAAAAAUCAUGUUGCAUCAUUGAUGUAUUCCAAGUUAUAAUAAUAAUAAUAAUAAUAAGACAUUUAUAAUGCGCAAACAUAUCCACCCUAUUAGGGGUGCUCAAGGCGCUUACAAUAAACUUAACUCACUACUGGUACAACUUACAAUUUGGCCAUUAGAUAAGUUUUUAAACUGGCCUUGAAAUGUUCUACUGAUCUACAGUCUUUUAGUUUAGUUGGAAGAUUGUUCCAUAGACGGGGAGCUGCUGAUGCAAAUGCACGAUCUCCCCAUGACCGUCUGGUUUUUGGAAUAGAGAAAUCGAGAGAAGAAGUCUUAGAAGAGCGAAGACCAGAGCGACCAGGUUUUCGAAAAUCAAGAAGAGAGUUAUACUGAUUUAAUGGCUUGUGUUUUUAUUUCUAAUCAUUGGUAAUUUUACAAAGGAAGUUAUGUAACACAUCACAAGGAUGAAAAAGAAAGUGAAUAUUUCUAACUAAGUAGUGGGGUAUGGAUUCAGUUAGACCAAUAUGCUAUUCCCAAAUUUGAAAACAGUAUUUAUGUAUUUAGUAAUUACCAUUGUAAUACUAGACUGAUUACUGAACAUUCAUUGAAAAUGGUCUAUUUAAUUCAUUUGUUUUGUAAUCCACCCUCAUUUGAAGUGAAAAUGGAAAUAUCAAUUGUAAGUAAUUGAUUAUUGAUAUAUUUAGAAUGAUUAUGUAAAUCAUGAAAUUAUUUUUUUAAAAAUGCAAUAUAUUUAUGAUGUAUUUGAUUUCAAAAUAAGCUUUAACCCAUCCAUUUUCAGCAUAAAUCUGUGCUUUUGCAAUCCUUCCAAAUAUUGAAACUUUGGAGUAUUAAAACCUGGUUAAGAAAAAAUAUAUAACCAUAUCAUAAACCAAGCUCUUCGCUCACAAGACCUUGAAGCAGUAAUCUAUCUUUCUCAAGAAGAGUAGUCUCAAAAUUAUGUAGUACCGGUAUAUUGUAAUAUCAAU